CACAUUGAAAUUGAAAGCUCUUCAGCUGUUGCUCUAAGAAGCAAGAGAGCAGGAAAGCUUUAACAAUGCAAAAAAACAUAGUCAACAUCCUGAUUUUGGUUCUUGCUGUCUUGAAUACCCUGGCUAAAGAAACUACUACUAAAGAUGGAAGAAAAGACCCAAAAGAACCCAAAGAGACCCAUCCUAAACUUCCACAGACUCUUUCAAGAGGCUGGGGUGAUCAAUUAAUCUGGACUCAGACUUAUGAAGAAGCUCUUUUUAAAUCCAGAACAAGCAACAAGCCAAUAAUGAUCAUCCACCACUUAGAAGAGUGCCCUCAUAGUCAAGCACUGAAGAAGGUAUUUGCUGAACACAAAGAAAUACAGAAAUUAGCAUCAAGCUUUGUUCUUCUUAAUAUUAUUUAUGAAACUUCAGAUAAACAUCUUGCACCAGAUGGUCAAUAUGUGCCCAGAAUUGUGUUUGUAGAUCCUUCGCUGACUAUUAGAGCAGAUAUUACUGGAAGAUAUUCCAACCGUCUAUAUGCUUAUGAGCCUCAAGAUGCUCCACUGUUGUAUUCAAAUAUGCAGAAAGCUCUGAAUCUGCUAAAGACAGAAUUGUGAAGAAAGAAAAAUGACCUAAUCUCAGAUCUUCUGCACCCGACAGUCCAAAUAUGCUUAGUUUUCUCCCCCAAAUGAAAGCAGCCUGGACUUUGGAUUUGCAUAGGGUAUAGUUUUCUAACAUGCUACUUUUUAAUAUCAAAACUAUGCUAUAAAUAUUCAUUUGUAAUGUUAUGACAUUGUAUUGAUUGCUUUUAUAAAAUAAUACUAAUGUAUGCUAAAUCAUGAUUUAAAAAUAAAUCGACAUUACAUCUUUACC